UCAUUCAUACUUGCGGGCGGCGUACGACGGGGGGCCGCUCGAAUCGUCAGCCCAGCCGGUGCGCCGGUUCUUUAUUGAACGUUCUCUCGAAAAGUACGCGCCGACCGCGAAGCGGUCGUCGCGCUAUAAACCCAAGCUACCAUGGACGCCAUGUACACGGCUGGCGCGCACAUGACCAAGCACCUGCAAGAGAACUUCGACGGUUACGACCGCUUCUUCUCGUGGAUCUCUUUUGCGGCCGAUCCGCCGCGAAACCUGCUCUGGUACUACCCGAUUGCGCUGACGUUUAGCAAUCCGCUCGGCGUCCGCAUCCUCAUCGCCGCGUCGUGCUCAGAGUUCCUCAACGUCGCCAUCAAGUGGAUCUUAAACGAACACCGUCCCUUCUGGUACGUCAAGAUGAAGUCCGACAUGGGCAUCAAGCUCGCUCAGACGCCGCAGACCUGCGAGACCGGGCCCGGCUCUCCUUCGGGACACGUCAUGGUCACCGCGGCCGUCCUGUACGUCGCGAUCCGCUAUGCUAUAAGCUGCGUCGACGACAAGACGCGCAGUCACCGGAGACGUCGCUACGUCAGGGCGAUCCUGUGGCCCUCUUACGUCCUCUAUCUUACAGCCGUGGGCGCGUCGAGGGUCUUCAUCGGGGCUCAUUUCCCGCACCAGGUGAUGCUGGGCUUCGUCAUGGGCGUCGCGACGGGCUACAUCAUCGAGCGCUACGACGUAGACCGGUGGCACUUUCCCGAGUACGCCUCCAUGAGCGGCAUCAUGGUCAUGACGUGUGCCACCGUGUUUGCCGGCUUCACGGCUCUCGGCAUAGAUCCUCAGUACACGGUCCACCUGGCACUCGAGGCGUGCGACGACCCUCGCUACGUGAACCUCAGUUCGACGGUCCUGUACAGCAUGAUGCGCAACAUCGCCGCUCCCUUGGGCGUCGGUAUCGCCAUGUCCAGGCCAAACGUUGCCAAGGUACUGGAAGGUGCCAAGCGGGCGCCAGUCUGGGCCAAGCUGAUGGCGGGACUGGGUGGCAUCGGCGUCGGGCGCGUCUUGCUCGCCUGUCCGUUGCCCAAGCACGAGUGGUGCAUAUACGCCGGUGCGUUGGUCCAGUUCUGCUUCUUCUCGUUCGCCGUCAGCUACGGCAUUCCAUACGUCCUGUACAAGAACUACAAGGAGGUCAACAAGACCCUGGCGUUACGUCGGAAGAAGGAAUCGUCAAGUUCCUCUUCAGAUGAACAAACUGAUGCUGUACCUAAAAAGUAGGGCGUUCCAAAGACCGAGCAGGACAAACAGUGUGAGGCCGGUGCGAGUGUGGAUGCACUAAUGCGUGUUCAUUUCGGCCAACUAUAGCGUGGAAUCUCGCAAAUUCCAAAGAGAAGGAAACGCUUACCUCAUUGGCUCCAGAUGAGUAAAAAAAUAAAGCAAAGCGUCAACAUCUUUUCAGGUUUAAAAGGAAAUGUUCGAUUGGAGUGUCGUUCAGAGCUAAAGAGUGUGGAAGAGGGCGUCUGCAUUUGUUUUUCGUCAUUAUGUCCUAGAAGCAAAUUUUUGUCGAUGGUUCCUGUCGCACGAAACAACAGGUGAUCAUCAGCACACCUUUAUCGUGUCAGCAGAACCAGAGAGUUACAUCUCGUCAGUCGACAGGUGUUCCUAGCACACAUGGCUGUGAUAACGCGCAAUUAUUGCGCAACA